AUGGCUGUGGAGCAGGAGCAGAGAGCCGUCCCUCCGUCUCAGGGACCACUCUCCACACACAUCAUUCUGAGCCAGAGGAAGAGUGUCCGCACCGCCACACAGAAUGACGUUUACUUCAAAUGCAGUCCUCAGAAGGCGCCUUGUCCCGGUCACAGACAGGUCCCCACAAGUCCACGGCCAAUCACAGCUCAAAAUGGUCAAAAUGUGGACGAAAGGCUCAAAGCAGCUCGAGAACGACGAGAGCAGCAGCAGAGGAUUCUGGUUUCUCGAGAGCAGCUGCGCAGAGAGAGAGAGCUGAAGGCCAAACAGUUUCAUGAAGAGCAGCUGCAGGAGCGUCAGAGGAGGCUCCUGCAGCAGCGAAGGAGAGAGGAGACCCGGCGCUCAGCUGUGGAGGAGAAGAGGAGGCUGCAGCUCCUGGAGGAGAAAGAGAGAUAUGAAUCUGCCGUUCGUAAGACACUGGAGAGAAGCCAAAGAGCGAAGAACCACAGCCUGAGCCGCGGGAGGAAAGCAUCCAGAUCCAAUGUGGUUAAUGGUAGCCGGCUGUGGGACUGGCAGAGGAGGCUGGUGUCGCGCCUGCUCACCCCGACAUGCUCCUCUCUGAACCGCAGCAGGAGCCUGGGCGGCCAGGGACCAGGGGAGCAAGUCCAUGUUUGUCCUCGUGCAGUUUCAUAUCACUCCACCUCCACUCCCAGACCAGAGAGCCUCCGCACAGCGAGCCCCCGUGUGGCACAGGUUAAAGCUGCCAAAGUGGAUCUUGUUCACGAUAAGAACAGGAACCAUUCAUUUAACGCAACGUUUCUGGUCAAAUCCAGUCCAAAGCCUUCUCUUUCUGCAGAGCGCUCUCUGAGGAAAUCAAUCCAGAGACACUCAGCCCCGCAGCCCCCGGAGCUCCCCUCUGUCCCGGAGGAGGAGGUGGCCAUGGAAGCCCCCUGUCCCGGGAACACCAGGCCGCUCAGGACCAUCAGAGCCACGAGGACGUCCGGCGAAGGGCAGACUCUGAAAAUAUGUGAAGAGAGACCUCCUGAGGCUCCUCGCUCCAACCUGUCGGCCAUCUUGGAAACCCAGGAGACUGUCUGCCGGACAGAGGGAGACGGAAGUCCAACACAGGCUCCUCCCACACAGGCUCCUCCCACACAGGCUCCUCCCACACAGGCUCCUCCCACACAUCCCAGCCCAGUGCGUCAGCUCCCAGAUAUCAGGUCCAAGUCUAAGGCCGGGACCACAGACCCAGAGCAGGCCGCUCGAGUCCUGUCUGAGAAGAGGAGACUCCACAGGGAGCGGGAGGAGCAGGAGAGGCUGCAGAGGGAGGAGCAGGAGAGGCUGCAGAGGGAGGAGCAGGAGAGGCUGCAGAGGGAGGAGCAGGAGAGGCUGCAGAGGGAGGAGCAGGAGAGGCUGCAGAGGGAGGAGCAGGAGAGGCUGCAGAGGGAGGAGCAGGAGAGGCUGCAGAGGGAGGAGCAGGAGAGGCUGCAGAGGGAGGAGCAGGAGAGGCUGCAGAGGGAGGAGCAGGAGAGGCUGCAGAGGGAGGAGGACCAACGGACACAUGGCGAGGAGCUGGAGCGCAGGAGGACGGAGGAGGCUGCAGUUCAACUCCUGAUCGAGGAGAAGAGGAGGAGAGAGGAGGAGGAGCAGAGGAGAGCUGAUGAAGAGAGAGCACAGGCGCAACGAGAAGCACAGCUGCUGCAGAAACAGCGAGAAGAGGAGCAGGCCAAAGACAAGGCCAGAGUCGAACUUCUUCAACAGCAACGAAAACUGACUGCACAGAAGGAGGAAGGAGAACGGCAGGCGAGGAAGAAGAGGCUGGAGGAGAUCAUGCGGAGAACCAGAAGAACCGAUCCUCCAGAUAUGACGCCGGUCACAGUGAAGGAGAACACGCAGCCUCUGAGCAGCAGCAUUGAGGAGGCAGCGAAGGUCGUGACAAAACCCUCCACUCUGGAAAUCAACUGUGACGAUGACGUGGUUCCUGUCGUGGCCUUUAAAGAGCGCAGAUCUCUGCGCACUCUCAGCGGACUGGACGAGAUCCAGAGCCAGCAGCGAGCAGAGGUCCUCUGA